AUGAGACCAAUCAAGUUGAUGGGUCACGAGCGUUCGUUGACUCAAGUUAAAUAUAAUAGAGAAGGAGAUUUAUUGUUUUCCGUUGCAAAGGAUAACGCUGCAUCCAUUUGGUAUUCAUCAAAUGGUGAAAGAUUAGGAACUUUAGAAGGACAUCAGGGGGUAAUUUGGUCUAUUGAUGUGGAUCCAGAAAGUUAUUUAUGUGCCACCGGUGGGGGUGAUUUAGCCAUUAAAUUAUGGAAAGUUGAAAAUGGUCAGUGUUUAUUUACUUGGGAAUCACCAUCUCCAGUUAGAAGAGUUGCAUUUUCUCCAGAUGGUACUAAAUUAUUAGCUAUAGCUGAUCAAGUUAUGGGUCACAUAGGUACUAUUGUGGUAUACGAUUUAAAUCUCGAUGAUUUAUCUAAUCAAAAUUUACAACCUUCAGUUAUCAUUGAAACUCAUCCAGAUAGUUCAAAGGCAAAUGUAGCUGGAUGGUCCGCUGAUGGUGCUUUUAUAAUCGCUGGUCUUGAUAAUGGUUUCGUUGCCAAAUAUGAUUCAAGUAAUGGUGAAUUAUUAGAUACUGCCCAAGCCCAUGGUAUCCAUAAUGAAGAAAAAAUCUUUUCUAUUACUGAUAUUCAAUUUGCUCCAGAAGAUGGAUCUUAUUUCAUUACUUCUUCAAAAGAUAAAUGUGCUACUUUAAUAGAUGUUGAAACCUUUGAAAUCUUAAAAGUUUACAAAGCUGAUGCUCCAAUGAAUACUGCUGCUAUAACCUCAGUUAAAGAUUUCGUUAUCUUAGGUGGUGGUCAAGAAGCUAGAAAUGUUACAACUACUGCUGAAUCUCAAGGUAAAUUCGAAGCUAGAUUCUAUCAUAAGAUUUUUGAAGAAGAAAUUGGUCGUGUUAAAGGUCAUUUCGGUCCAUUAAAUACUAUUGCUGUUCAUCCUGAUGGUUUAGGAUAUAGUAGUGGUGGAGAAGAUGGUUUUAUUAGAGUUCAUACAUUUGAUAAAUCAUACUUUGAUUUCCUUUUCGAUGCUGAAAGAACCGAAAAGGCUGCUGCUUCUGGUAAUAUCUAA